UAAAAAAAACUGUGGUAAAGACAGACAGGUAGAUACAGACAGACAGACAGACAGACAGACAGGUAAAGAUAGACAUGCAUUUCAAAAUAAGAGCUGCGGCUAAAGAAGACUGCAGACAAAUCUCCAGGAUGAUCAAGGAGCUGGCGGUUUUUGAAAAAAUGUCUGACCAGGUGAAGAUUUCUCAUGAAGAGCUGGAGCGUGACGGGUUCUGCCAGAAUCCGUUCUUCGAAUGUCUCGUCGCCGAAGUUCCAGAGCAGAAUAAAUCUGAAGAAGGAUUCACGCUUGUCGGAUACGCUCUGUACUUCUACACGUACAGCACGUGGAUGGGCCGCUCGGUGUAUUUGGAGGAUCUGUACGUGAUGCCAGAGUUCAGAGGAAACGGCAUCGGCAAAGGUCUGAUGAGCAAAGUCGCCGAGGUGGGGAAGAAGAAGCAGUGUGUGCGGCUGCAGCUGUCGGUGUUGGACUGGAAUACUCCAGCUCGAGACUUUUAUGCCACGAAAGGAGCUCAGGACCUGACGGCCAGCGAAGGCUGGCACUUCAUACGCUUUGACGGACAGAGCCUGGACGAUCUGGUAAACGAAGCGCCCAAAGAUUAGACGACAAACUGUGGCUGGUUUCUUUAACGGGUACCUCGUUCCUCCGAUUUAAAGGUGAUUUAGUUGUCGUGGUGUUUGAGUCUUUGUAGGAUCCGGUGCUGACUGGCCGAAGACUUUUUUUCUCAGGUGUGCUGCUAUUUAAUUCCAGCAGGUGUCACAUUUGACCAACUGAUGGACUUCCUGUCAGGUCUUGAAAGAUGGCGCUGUCUUGAAAUUGAUAAUGUGAAAAUAAAAACAAGCUGUACAUUCAAAAGGAUGCCAGCAACUCUGUAAAACAAAACUCUGUAUAGCACCAAUGAUGUAGUCAUUUCAUGAAAAUGUUCUUAACUUGAUGAAAAUUGUAAUAA